CUGCUGCAUGGCGUCAAUUUGAAAACAACGGAACUUGAAAAAACAGCGCGUCCUUUGCAGCGUGUUCUGUUUUCAACUGGUUUCUUGUGAAGAUAAAACAGAUUUUCGUUUUAAAUUUGCGUCGAAUCAAGGCAUCUAGUGCGCAGGCGGUCCCUGUAGACAAAAACAAAUCUACAAGUACCAGGAACAAACCGAAAAUGGCGCUCUCUGCCUUGGCGUCCUUUGAUGAUCUGCGGCGCUGCAUGCAAGUGCUGACCGAUGGAACAGCGGAGGAGGAGUUCUUGCGGUUCCUGCGAAUGUUUGAGCAGUACCACGAAAAGUGCGCUGGCUAUGCGGCCGAAACGGCUAGGAUACAAAAUGAGCUGGACAAAUCGCUGACCAAGAUGGGGGACUUGGAGGGAAAGCUUUUCCAUGCCCGUCGCAUCAUUGACAUGGAGAUAAAGGCGCGUCGGCAGGCGGAGCAUGAACGUGACGCCAUGGAGGGAAAGAUAAUGGCUGUGGCGGAUCUCCUGCGCCACGAACGCAAUCUGAACAAUGAGACCCGCGACAAGCUGGCCUUUCUGCACACGCUGCCCUCCUCAAGGAAACGCAAGUCCCUGAACGCCGUUCGGGAAGACAAAUCUUACGGUGACAUCAACUCCACCGGUUCGCUGCUGUCUGACUUAUCUAUCACACACUCUGAGGACGACUUCCUCGAUGUGCGAACAUCGAAAUCCUGGCGGGAGCAUCGACCCUCUCUGCCCAAGAACCAAAUUCCUUCCGUGGGAAACAAGAGAUCGCGCCUGAGUACCGGUCUCAAUGGUAGUAUGUCGGGGAAUACGCCAACUACUACAAAGUCGCGGCGCUCUGGCGUCGGCGUCGGAGUGGAGCAGCACACAGUAGACGUGGCUCAGGGCGCUGAGCGCUUUUGUGCCACCACCAAGGUAACAAUACCCCAGGACGGGCAGGGUGUGAUCAGGGCAGAGUCGACCAUUGAGUCGCUGCCGGUGAUUGGUGGAAACGAGAGGAUUGGUGAGGGUCUGUCUUCGACACCACGUCGAUCGGUUCUAAAGGAAGCCACAGCUCCACCGUUGACGCCAGUAAAUGCGAUGGCACCACAUGUGGCCGCCGAGUCGGGAACUCCUCUGCAGCACCGUCCGCUGAUGAGACAGCAUACCUUCAGCCAGAAGACGUUCUUGCGCGGCGACAAUUGCGUGCAGUGUCAAAAACGCAUUCGGUUUGGAGCCGUUGGCUUGAGAUGUCGGGAUUGCCCGGUUCGCUGUCACAUUGAUUGCCGGUAUCUACUUACUGUCAGCUGUGUGCCACAGACGGGAACGCCAACUACAAAGGCCAUGACUGGUUACGUUUCCGACUUUGCUCCGUCCAUUGCACCCAUGAUUCCGGCCCUUGUUGUGCACUGUGUCAACGAGAUCGAGGCCCGUGGCCUAACCGAGGUGGGCCUCUAUCGGUUGUCCUCGUCGGAACGGGAGUACAAGGCGCUUAAGGAGCAAUUUUUGCGUGGCAAGGCCACUCCGCAUCUCGGCAACACGGACAUUUAUGUGCUGUGCUGCUGUGUGAAGGAUUUUCUAAGAUCACUCACAGAACCUCUUAUUCCGACCAGCCAGUGGAAGGAUUUCGCCAACGCUGUGCAAAAUCCCGAUACCAAUAUGGCCCAAGAAAUGCUGUACAAGUCGGUGAAGCAGCUGCCGCAGGCCAAUCGGGAUACUCUGGCCUUCCUCAUUUUGCACUUCCAGCGAAUUGCUCAGUGCCCCGUGGUGUUGAUGCCAAUCGACAACAUCUCUCUUAUCUUUGGGCCCACAAUUGUGGGCUACUCAACGCCAGAUCCCGAUCAGCAUGCUAUAUACACGGAGGUCUUCACUCAGAAGCAGGUGAUGAAGGCGCUGCUCGAGCUGCCAGCUUCCUUUUGGGAGCAGUAUAUUGUCAUUGAUUCUACUCGAACCCCGGCGACAGUUAUUAAACGGGUACCCAGCAACAAAAAUGACCUUCUGUCCCUAUAUGCAACUCCCUUCAAAGGCGGCACCAUAAAGAAACGAAAGUUCUAUGGCACACCGCCGGCAUCUGCCCACAAAAAAUAACCAGACUUUCCUUGUUGGAAAGCAUUUGACUUGUUACUUAAGUUUACUUCAAGUAUUUGCAGUUUUUUGUUUCCGGCCAACCCUCGCGAGCUGUAUUUAUACUUGUACUCAACUAACCUUUUACGUUUUUCUUUAUAAUUAAUUUGUUCGAUUAUAAGCUAAAGCACUUUAUUCGUACUAACAUAUAAGCAUACUCACAUUGAAAAACAAAGUAAAAUAUGCACAAAUACAAGCAAAGAGAACAAUGAAAAAAUAGUUUAAUAAAUGAAAUUAAUAUAAGGGUUUUUACUCCCAAGAA